AUGGCUUUCUCUUCCGUCUACGAACCUCAGGCCGUGCUCGCCGCCAACAACAAGGGCAUUGAAGAUACCGAUUUGUUUCACACCCACCAGCUGGAAAAUGUUGAUGGCUGCACAAUCAUCAAAGUUCCUCGUCGCCUCAACCUCCAGAAGAACACAAGGUUCACCGACAACCAGGUCCUCAAGAUGUACCGAUUCCUCGAAGACAACCACGCCAGCCUCUCCGAGCUGUGGAAGACACUCGGAACCAACGGAGAGCAGGAGUCUAUGAACCUCUUCGUCGCCAAGGCCUAUAACGCCACCAUCGAGCACCAGCUGCGGGAAAUCAUGAACCUGCGCCGUCACCAACAAAAGCCCUUCACCUUCGCCGACGCCGAGUGCUGGUGCACCCGAAAGUUUGACGAGACCUGGGACCCGGACCUGUUCUGCGACCUCGUCGGCCCAGUUCCCGCGCACGCGUUGGGCUGUGUGGUUCCGGAGGGCAACGCCGACACCGACGAAGCCGGCUACAGAACUUUGCUAGCCCAAGCUCGCCAGGACCUGAACGCCGGAUGCGAUCUGAACUCACCGUGGCUGCCAGGACAGACAGAGGUUGGCGUCCCCGAGGCUGCCGCCGCGAGGGUGCACGACAUUCUCCGAUCGGUCGCCUCGACCGUGGACCCCUCGAACAACAGAGACGGAUCGCCCUCGUACGAAGCCAAAUUCCUCGCCAUGGACACCAUGUACAAGAUUUUUCACUGUUUGCUUACCGAGGCGGAAACGCCGGUCAAGCGGUACAUCAAGGCCGACAGGAAGCUGUGGAGGAAUUUGGAGAACUGCUUCCUGCAGGUCUUUGGAAGCUUGAGCAAGGACGACCUGUAUCGGCUCGCGACGGAAGACGGCGGGGUGUGGCGCGAUAAGUUCGAGGAGCUACAAGAUCUAGUUCAGAAGCAGGAGCAUUUCUCGAAGCUGCUUCAUGCGUGUCUUGUGCUUCAGAUGGCGGAUUCUUUCCGUAACAUCCCUGAGGACGAGGUUGCUUUGAUUAUUGAUGAAAACGGAUCUGCUGAUGGAGAGCUGGCUUAUUGUCCUCCGGCUGGUUUUGUUUCCUCCCCAGAAUCAACCACUCCUCCAGAUCCUUGGCAUCCUCCAACAUUUUUUCUUACAAUCACCCUCGGGGUUGUUCCCGCUACGCCCACACCAGCCACAUGCAUCAACGCCUUGACUUCUGCAAUAUGCGGCCCGUACCGCGUCAACAUGAGGUACAGCUACUUCAUUGCAGGACUGCCGUUGCUGGUCGCUACCACAACCAUAGAGGGAACCCCGGGUCUGAGAACAGGGUCCGGCAAGGGUACUUUUAUCUUCUCCUUUAGAGUUUAUCUCUUUAGUAAUACAUCUUUUUAA